AUGCCUUCUCCGAACGGAGCGGAUGUCAACGCCCAGGGUGGAAAAUACGGCAACGCUCUUCAAGCUGCCUCAAACCGAGGGUAUCAAGGGACUGUCAGAUUGCUCUUGGACAAGGGAGCGGACGUCAACGCGCAGGGCGGCGAGUUUGGCAACGCUUUAUAUCCCGCCUCGUUGAACGGCCAUCAUGAGACUGUUCAACUGCUGUUAGGCCAGGGAGCGAACGUUAACGCGCAGGGUGGCAAAUACGGCAACGCUCUUCAAGCUGCCUCGCACGGUGGACAUCAAUGGAUUGUCAAACUGCUGUUGGACCAGGGAGCGGAUGUCAACGCACAGGGUGGGAAAUACGGCAACGCCCUCCAAGCUGCCUCAGACGGAGGCCAUCUAGGGCGCCAUCAAGGGAUUGUCGAAUUGUUCCUGAACGCAGGAGCGCACGUCGACGCAUAG